UAAAUAAAACAAAUAAAUAUAAUAAGGCAUUAAAAUAAAGAUAAAGUUGAAACAUUUGAAAGCCUAUAAACAGUGGUAGAUAUUAAAACAAUAGGUAUAUAUUAGAAAAAAGUUGAAAAAAAUAGCAAAUUUGAAUUAUACGAAUUAAGGGCAAUUCGUAAAAAUGGUAUACAAUUAUAUAUCAGAGUCAGAAUGCACACACACGUAGCAGACGAAACAGAAACCGUUAUUGCACCUUGAUAACUACACUUAUUAGUCUUGCGCAAAUUAACGUAACUUUUACUUCGCGUGCGUCUGCACAAACUGUUAAUUCGCCACUCGGUAAAAACCUCUUGUGAGGCUCACGCGUUCAGCUGUAAGAAAUGGAAAAGAACAAAAUUACGACGUUCAUUCUCUUGAUGUGCUUCAUGAAAUCAACACGUGUAUCGGGAGUGAAAAAUAUUACACACGGUAUAUCGAGGCAUAUGCGAUCUAUCGGAUUUCCCGAAGGUAGCAAUAUGGGGAUAUUUUUCGCUCUCGGAAUUCCUGUAGAUAUUCCUGACAAGUCUAUAUCGAUGUCGUUUUACUUCGAAGCGAAUUACGGAUUGCCGUACGAGUGGAAUUCGACUUACUAUCACGAGGAAACUUAUUUCGUAAAACGAAGUCUUAGUCGCCAAUUAGUAUACAAAUUGUUCACCAGUAAAAUGGAAAGCUUGGGUUAUCCUGGCCUAGAUUGUUUGUUAAGAACAAUUUGUGAAACUGCAAGAUUCUCUUUAAACGAAAACGGGGUGCUUGGUGAUAUCCUUAAAAUCAUAUUUACACCCUCCAUAUCGAAGAGUGAAAAUCUACCGAUAGAGAUUAUAGAAGCCGAAUACGAGCAACAUUGUGAUCGAUAUAACAAAAAAUGCUCUAUGAAUCCUUUAGAUUUAGUAAGUCAAUAUGUUAAUGUUGAUUGAAUAGAUUCCUUUGAUAUUCAGCAUCAAAUCAGAUAUAUUUGCAAAUGUUAGAAAUUGGAGAAAAUAUU